GAGUGUGAAUCAUUAAGCAGAUUCAUAUUAUAUGGAAUAAAGUGCAAAAUAAAAUAUUUGUGAAAAGUCGAAUGAUCGUUCGAUUGGUUAUACACAUUUAAGUAAAAUCAUUGGCUCGCUCACUAGAGAGAUCAUUGAUACCUGGUUACGGCGGUGAACAAACACACUCGUCUCUGAGUUCUAAGUAAGCUUCACAGUCGUCUUCUUCAGAACUUAUUUUGAGUGAUGGCAGCUUCAAUGCACUUGUGCGGAGUUAGAACUUCAGGACUUGCCUUCAACUCAAAAAGCAUUGAGUUUGGCUCAAAGGGGCUGAACCUCCUUGCUCCCGUGUUGACUAAAGACAUAAACCACUCUUGUGGGAGGAACAGAGCUCUAAGAGUUACCUGUGAAGCUAGAAGUGCGGAACUGCUUGAGAGAAAAGACACCGACACUUUAAAACUAAACAGAACUGAAACAAAGUUGACCUGUGUAAUGAAAUUCGGUGGCUCAUCAGUUGCAUCAGCAGAAAGGAUGAAAGAGGUUGCCAAUCUCAUACUCAGCUUCCCUGACGAGAAGCCUGUUGUUGUGCUAUCAGCAAUGGCAAAGACCACCAAUAAACUUUUGAUGGCUGGUGAAAAGGCUGUUUGCUGCGGCGUCACCAACAUAAACACUAUUGAAGAGCUGAGCUAUAUAAAGGAACUCCAUAUAAGGACUGCUCAUGAGCUUGGAGUGGGAAUAGCAGUUAUUUCAAAGCAUCUAGAAGGACUAGAGCAGCUUCUCAAUGGCAUUGCAAUGAUGAAAGAGUUAACUCUACGCACAAGAGACUACUUGGUUUCAUUUGGAGAGUGCAUGUCCACAAGGCUAUUUGCUGCGUACCUGAACAAGAUUGGCCACAAAGCACGCCAGUACGAUGCAUUUGAAAUGGGGAUUAUAACCACAGAUGACUUCACAAACGCUGAUAUUCUUGAAGCAACAUACCCAGCAGUUUCUAAAAGGUUGCUUGGUGACUGGACCAAGGAACGUGCAGUCCCUGUUGUCACAGGCUUUCUUGGAAAGGGAUGGAGAUUUUGUGCUGUUACUACGUUGGGGAGAGGAGGUAGUGAUUUGACUGCAACGACGAUUGGGAAAGCUCUAGGUUUGAGGGAGGUCCAGGUUUGGAAAGAUGUGGAUGGAGUUUUGACUUGUGAUCCAAACAUAUACGGCAGAGCUCAACCUGUUCCACACUUGACAUUUGAUGAGGCAGCUCAGCUUGCUUACUUUGGAGCACAAGUGUUGCAUCCACUUUCCAUGCGGCCAGCUACAGAAGGGAACAUUCCUGUAAGGGUUAAGAACUCUUACAAUCCCACUGCUCCUGGAACUCUCAUCACUAGAUCAAGAGACAUGAGCAAGGCUGUACUUACCAGCAUCGUUCUGAAACGUAAUGUUACCAUGUUGGACAUCACUAGCAACCGUAUGCUUGGUCAAUAUGGUUUCCUUGCCAAGGUGCUCUCCACAUUUGAAAAGAUGGGAAUAUCUGUGGAUGUUGUUGCAACCAGUGAAGUAAGCGUUUCCUUGACAUUGGAUCCUUCAAAGUUUUGCAGCAAAGAGUUAAUUCAACAGGAGAUUAAUCACGUGGUCCAGGAACUGGAGAAGAUUGCUACUGUAAAUCUGCUUCAAAACAGAUCAAUUGUCUCUCUCAUUGGAAAUUUUCAGAGAUCAUCAUCCUUCAUAUUAGAGAAGGGCUUCCGAGUUCUUAGAACCAAUGGAAUCAAUGUACAGAUGAUCUCUCAGGGUGCAUCUAAGGUAAACAUCUCGCUGAUAGUGAAUGAUGAUGAAGCAGAGCACUGUGUGAAAGCUCUCCAUUCAGCCUUCUUCGAGACAGGCACCUCCAAAGCUGUGCCUCAGAUAGGGCGUAUAGCUACUACACCUCUGCCUUCUCGUGAAAACCUCUUGGUGCAAACUGAUCUGAGAGAUCUUCAAGUAGUUUGAAGAAAAUACGAGAGCUGGUAUUAGGAAACAAAGCUCCCAUAAUCUUCAUGUGUAAUAUACAAUGUAAUUUAAUGGGACGUGUGUAAUUAAAAGAAUAAGCGUUUCCUAUUUCAAUAUGUUUUCUGGUUAAA